AAUCAGUGGGACUGGGUUGUCUAUAUGAGCCGCUGGCUGUCACAGCAGCGUGGUUGCUCUGAGCUCCAGGCCUCCGCCGACACCAGUGGAUAAGUAGCUGCAGCGGCCCGGCACGGGAACACUGUCUCCGGCUGUAACUAUGGCCAGGACCGGUUUCUGCGACUCCAAGCCCCUGCUGGACUUACACAAGAAGGCGGACGAAAGGCGAGCCCCGUUAAGAACGUGGGCUAACGCCUGUGGGCCCAUAGACCGCUGGCAGCCUGUUGAAGUGGAGGAAUCCAGGAUGGCCCCUGUCAAAAUGGAGACGGAACACAGAUGGGAAAGAAGGUUAUCAACACAAACAAGUGAAGGCAUCCUCCUGGGCUUCCAUGAAGACAGUCACUCAGAAGCAGAUGCUUGUAUGGAGGAGCCUGUGCUUCUUCCCCCUCUUGGUCUGCAGAGUCUUCACAGCCUUCAGGCACUGGUGCCCAGCCUGCUGCGCCACGAGGUGGAGCUGGCACUGGAGAAGCUGGACCACAUACGGGACCAUACAUACGCCUGGGACAUGUUUUUAGACAUGAUGAGAACACAAACGCAAAACUCAUUAACCAACACUGACCUGCCCCGGCAUUUCACUGACGCCACUCGUGCUGUUCUGAUAGAUUGGCUCAUUCAAGUUCAUGAGAUGAUGCAUUUUCAAGAAGAGACCCUCUAUCUGUCCAUUCAUCUCCUCAACCGCUCCCUGCGUCUGAUUAAGGUGACUACAUCCAAUCUGCAGCUGCUGGGCAUGGUUUGCCUUUUUGUUUCUGCAAAAAAGGAGGAGUGCCUUCUGCCUGAGGUGUCAGCUUUGUGCUACUUGAUGGACCACACUUACACUAAGCAUCAGCUGCUGCGAAUGGAGCGCAAAGUCCUCUGCGGGCUGAAAUUUGAUUUGGCCUACUGUUCCCCUCAGUAUUUCCUCGUCCUACUUGCCGCUGUUGCUCGCUGCAGUGCAAAGGUGGUGUGGAUGGCCCGUUAUCUGCUGGAGCUGUCUCUCCUGGAGGGGCAAUGUGUGACGUUUCUUCCAGUGCAGCUGGCAGGAGCGGCCCUGUGUUUGUCCCGCCAAGUUCUGCAGGAGCCCCUGACACCUGAAGGGGAAGCUGCCUGGUGUCUUGCCUCCAGUGUCCAUGUAGGCAGUGAGACCGUCCUCCUGAGGAUCAUGCACGUUUUGGCCAGUGCUGCAGCCAAAGCUCAUACCCGAGAGACCUGUGCAACUUUUAUUAAAUUCUCCUCCCCAGAGACCAUGCAGGUCAGCAGACACCCGGGGUUAAAGAAUGACCCCGGUCUGCCUGACAUGUGCAGUUGAGAUUCUAAGACUGUAUUAUAAUUUGCAAUUGAUCCUAAGGAGUAACCAAUGAAAUGGGUGAGGAAGAAGUGUGACAGAUUUGAUGCCAAACAUUGUUUGACAAAGAGUUGUAUGCAUUGUGCAUGCAAGUAAUUUAACUUAGUGGCAAACCUGUUUUAUGAUCUUAUCUUGCAGCUGGUUUUUGAAAAUAUUUGAAGUGUAUUAAUAUGUCCUUGUCUUGUCAGUCUAAAAAAGUAUGUGGGCUGUCUAUCAAUUUCUAAAUUUUAAUGUAAAAUAAAGUGUCUGCUGCAACAU